UUACAAAAGUUGAGCGCGCUGGAAUUGGCGGAGUUGAAUGAAUGAACUGAGUAGACCGCCCGGACGCUGCACCAAGAAGGGCAGUCGGAGCAUACAUCGACGUCAUAUACACGAACGGAACCUAUGGCGUCUCCAAACGGCCAGCCAACGAUUCCUCUCCGCGACAUAAGACACAGGAAUCCAAAUUGAAUCCACGACCGCGCACACAGGCACUCACCAGAGCGUGCCAAUCGUCGGUAUGGCAGCUCUACAAAAUGCCCUCCAGACACUCUCCCCCAUCGACGCCAUCACCGUCCCCCAAUCCCCCACCGACCUCGAGACAUUCCUAAACACCACAUUCGACACCUCACAACUCCUCAUCGACUCCGUCCCCCUCCCCGCUCCCGCCUCCCUACCCACCCGGCCGCGAUCCUCAACAACAACAUCCAUCGCCAGCUCCGCUUCCGAAAUUACACUCUCCUCCGCGCGCCCCGACUCCCCGCCCCCGGAUGUCUCAAAACUCCAAAAAGCAUGGGGUAAACCACUCCGCCUCGCCGCAAAAGACAAUCCCCUCGGAAUGUCCGUCUACAAGCUCGCCGGCACCGACGGGAAGGGCGCAUGGUUUGCGCGCCGUAGCGUGCACUGUGGACUCGGCUUCGAGCGCUGGAAACGCGCAUUACAACAGGAGUUCCCGGAGACGAUGAAGAUAGACGGCGGACCCGGCGUAAGCAACAUCCGCGGGAUUGGCGGGGAGCGUUGCGUUGAGUGUCGAGAGGUGGGAGGGGGGAAGAUGGAGGUGUAUCAUCUCAGUGCGCAGUUUCCUGGGCCAACGACACCGAGGGACUUUGUGACGAUGCUGAUGACUACCGAGAGGAGGGAGGAGCGCGGGCCAAGACAGUUCAUGAUUGUCAGUAAGCCAUGCAUACACCCGCAGACGCCGGUGCGGGACGGCUUUAUCAGAGGACAAUACCAGAGCGUAGAGCUCAUCCGCGAAGUCCCCGUGCUUCCCCCUCCUACCAAAUCCGCCUCCAUGAACGACCUCGCCGCAACCGGUCAACCGGCCAAACCCCCAAACGAGCGCAAGAGAGCAGAAUCCCAAGCCUCAAGCCUCAACCGCUCCGCCGUCGUCCGCAACGCAAACUCCUCCCACCCAUCCCGCACCCCCAGCGAAGACCGCCGUCAGCGCGGGCACACCAUCUCCUUCGCCGGCUCGCGCGGCGUAGAUGGCAAGGGGGAGUACCACGACAUCCCCGCCGACGACCCGGAACGCAACCCCGUCGAAUGGAUAAUGCUCACGCGCUCCGACCCCGGCGGUUCCGUCCCGCGCUUCAUGGUCGAGCGCGGCACACCGGGGAGUAUUGUCGCUGAUGCUGCGAAAUUCUUGAAUUGGGCGUGCUCGGCUGCCCUCGAUGUUGUAGGCGAUGAAGUCCCUCCUCGAGUUGAUGGCGCUGCGGAGAGCGCUAGCGAGAGAGAAGCUGAAAUUGAACAUCCUGUCGUGCCGGGCGAGGAACCGCGACCCGGCCCUCCCCACGCGCCGCGCGCUCAUCCCCCACCCCGCGCAUCAACUGAAAUCUCCCUCCGCGAAUUCCAGACAAACGGCCACCUCGCCAGUCUAGACGGCAUUCGCGACCCCCCGCCAAACGAACACUACACCCCCCACAUCACAACCGCCUCGCUCUGCCCCCCCGAGCAGAAUAAUAGGGGCGUCCUGAGCAUGGUCACCAAUGCCGCGUCAGCAAUUUCGAAUUUCCUCCCCUCAGCCGGGUACGCAGCUGCGCUGCCGCACGCGCAGUUGAGGGAGAGGAGGUAUAGCACUUCUUCUAGCUCUUCCUCGGAGGAGGAGGAGGGGGAGGGGGAGACGGAUUUAGGGAGUUCGUCGGGGGGGUCUUUUAUGUCUUUUGCGAGUGCGAGGGAGAGGGGGAGUUUUGAUGAUGCAGAUGAGAGCGCGGAUGCGGCGUCCGUGGAUGCGGCGUCUGUGCCGCCGGUGUAUGGAGUGCCUGCACCAAUGGGGCCGUCGAGCAGCGAGGAGUCUACUGUGUUACCUGAUGCGGCGAUUCGGACGGAACCGCUGCGACCGAGCUCGUCGUCGUCGUUGGUGGUGGAGGAUGCAGGGGUUUUACGGGCAAGGCGGCGCGCAGCAGCGGCGAUAGAGAAGGAAGAAGGCAAGUUCCGGGAGAGGAAGAGGAGGUUGGUGGAGAAAAUCGGGAAGGUUCGAAGAAAAGAAGGGGGGGGAGAGAAACUGCGAAAAGCGGAGGAGAGGUAUGUGCGUGAUCUUGCGCGGGAGGAGGGCAGGCUAGAGAGGGAGGCAGAGAGGGUUGAGCGGCGCAGGGCGAGGGAGGAGGCGAAGGUUGUUAAGGGAUGGGGGAGGGGUGGGCGGAGAGGGAGGUCCAGGUGUUGAGGGUGGAGAGGGAGUUGCUGAGGCGCCAGGUGGGGGAGUUGCAGAGGGAGAAUACGGUGUUGGCUAUGGGGAUUGGGAGGAUGGAGGGGGGGGAGAAGGUGUUGAGUGAGCUGAGGGGGGGGAGGGCGGAGAGUUUAGGGUUGGUGACGGCGCCGCUGGGGGGGAAGGAGAAUGUGAAGGUGUGAGGGGGAUGAGGAGAGGGGUUUAGGAGUGAGGAGAUGGAGGGGAUAGAUAGACGCAUAGAUACUUCAAAUCGGUUGCUACUCAAUUUCUACUGUGAUGGACAUCUUACCUUUUCUCAAUCCCCU